AUGGAUGUGCUGAUAUAUAACAUCAAGAUAAUAUUUAAAAUGACUUGCAAUUCUCACAAAAAAUACACAUGUCCUCUAAGCAGCUGUCAAAAGGCUUAUAGCAAACCAUGUUUACUAAGAGAGCACACUCGCUCUCACAAUAAUGAAAGACCGUUUGUCUGUUCGGAACCUCAUUGUGAAAAACGAUUUUUAAGAGUCUGCCAUUUGAAUGUUCACAAGUGGUCACACACAAAAAGUAAACCACUCAAAUGUGAUAACUGUUCAAAAAGGUUUACUACCAAGCAACAACUCUCUAGACACAAAACGACCCAUGACAAAAAGCGCCGCGCGGCAACAAACGUCACUGCUCUCGGCGCGGGUUCAAGCAAACUGACUGAUAAUUUUUGCCCAGCAAAAUCCGAUAACGAACCACUAAAAGUCUUCAACUGUAGUUAUGAUGCCUGUGGGGAAAGUUUCGAAAUGGAAUGGGAACUAACAGAACAUUUGCUUGACAUGCAUAUUCUGAGUGUUAUUGCACCCGAAAACUGCGAACUGAGCAUGCCACCAUCUUUGAACGUUUCAGAAGUUGAGCAGGAUAAUAAGUUAAUUGAGGCAUUCUUCGAAAAAUGUGAAGACCUGUUUACCAAGGAUUAUGUUUCAGAAGCUCAAUUGUGGGUUGAUCUGCGUUGUAAACAUCCAGAAUGUCUCUCUUGGGUUGCAUCUUCUUAUUGUACUUUGAUUGAACACUAUGAAGAGUUCCAUAAGGCGGUUCCGGUAUCUUUACUACAAUACGGAUUUGACAGCAUUUACUAA